AUGUCAUUUAAACAAAGUGCCACAAAACUAUUGGAACUGGACGAUGACAAGGUGAAGCAAUGGCUAGAAUCAUUCGAUGCGGUUAUAACAGAUUGUGAUGGUGUCCUCUGGGUCUAUGGCGAUGUGAUACCCGGUUCGGUAGAUGUUAUGAAUCGUUUCAAGGAAAUUGGCAAAAAGAUUUUCUUUUGCACCAAUAACUCCACAAAGACCCGCAAGGAACUCCUAACCAAAUCAAAAAAUAUGGGUUUCAAUAUUACCGAAGAUGAAGUAAUCUCCACAGCGAACUCUCUCGCUGCCUAUUUGAAAGCCCGCAAUUUCAAUAAGAAGGCGUAUGUUAUAGGAUCGGAGGGUAUUACCAAAGAAUUAGAUGCUGUCGGCAUUGCACAUAAUAAAGUGGGUCCGGAACAUAUGCCCGGUUCGUUGCUGCAAUAUUUAUCAAAUCAUUUUGAAUUGGAAGAGGAUAUUGGUGCCGUUUUGGUGGGGUUCGAUGAAUAUUUUUCAUUUCCCAAAAUGACAAAGGCCGCUUCAUAUCUCAGUCGACAGGAUUGUCUAUUCAUUGCCACAAAUACUGAUGAACGUUUCCCUAUGCCAAAUAUGGUUGUACCCGGAACGGGUAGUUUUGUAAGGGCUAUUGAGACAUGUGCGGAGCGUAAGGCUACUGUGAUUGGGAAACCCAAUGUGGCAAUGUGCGAACAUCUUAUCAAAGAUGGUACAAUUGUUCCGGAAAGGACUCUUAUGAUUGGUGAUAGAUGCAACACAGACAUAUUAUUGGGUUAUAAUUGCGGUUUCCAAACCCUGCUGGUGGGCAGUGGUAUUCAUCAGCUCAACGAUGUCGAUUCAUGGAAAGCCUCCAGUGAUCCGGAAUUACAUAAACUAAUACCAGAUGUGUAUUUACCCAAAUUGGGAGAUUUAUUAGCCUAUAUGUAA